UAAAGCUACAAACACAAACACAAGCUUCAUUAUCUUCUCCGAGUUUAAGGUCCACUGUAAUAAAUCACUUCCUCGUUUUCGCUCGAACUCUUCUUCUCACUAGGUUCGUGUUUCUUCAUCGCAGUGAUCCAACCAAAUCCCAAAUCUCAAUUUUGAAGGUUUCCGUUGAUUUAGUUUACAAGUUUGUGGCUUCAAACAAUCAUAUGGGAAAUUGCGUGGCUAAGUAUCAUGCUAAGGAUGAUGAUUCUGAUCAUGUGGAGUUUGCUGGGGAUAAUGUGACAAUUAUUACCACCAAAGAAGCUUGGGACCAAAAGUUGGAAGAAGCCAAGAGGGAUGGCAAAAUUGUGAUUGCAAAUUUCAGUGCAACAUGGUGUGGUCCUUGCAAGAUAAUUGCACCAUAUUACUGCGAGUUAUCUGAGAAGUACACAUCUAUGAUGUUCUUAUUAGUUGAUGUGGAUGAACUAACUGACUUCAGCACUUCAUGGGACAUCAAAGCCACCCCUACUUUCUUCUUUCUUAAAGAUGGGCAACAACUUGACAAACUCGUAGGAGCCAACAGGCCAGAGCUGGAGAAGAAGGUUGUCGCCAUUGCUGACUCGGUCCCCGAGUCGAAGCAGUGACUGUUGUUUUAUUGAUAUUUGUAAGAUGCUGUUGUGGGAUUUCUCCUUUCACAACUUGUGGCCAUGAUUGUUCUUCAUGUUUUGUCGUGAGUGUCUUUGCAUUAUUUUUUCCUUGGAUGUACAUAUAAGGCAUCUCACAUGAAUUUCUUCGAUUCAAAGUGGUGUUGCUGUAGUCAAACAAUCAUGUUUUGCAAAUAUACAAAUUUGUCUGGAUUCAGUUGGUGGCA